AUGGUUGUACAUCGGCAGUAUCCUUCAAAGAAAUAUCCGAAUUCAGCAUCCACUCGUCUUCUUCAUUUGACUAUUCCAGCAACAUCAAAUUUCUUGUAUGACACACAUGAUUUUGUAUGGAAUAAUCCAAUAGAACUGGAUUUACUCAACAUGAAAAAAGCACCGUUGUUGACAAAUAUCAAUGAAAAUUAUUUUUUAAAAGUUUUGCCAUGCAUACGUCGUCUAUUUACAAUAUUUAAUUCUAUAUGUCCCAAUAUAUAUCGUAUACAUUGUUCAGAUUCAUUGAGAAUUUUACAGGAAAUCAUUUGUUUAAUGGAAGAAUAUCUUCAUAUAUAUUUACCGUCGACUUUAACAGCAAGUUCUUUACUAAAUAAUGAGGAAUAUUUUAAUGAUUUUAUACAUAAAUUAAGAUUUUCACCAUUUAAUUAUUUCUAUCCAAAUGCUGCACUUUCAUCAUCGAGAAAACCUGAAGUACAUUGUUUUGGCCAAGGCAUUCACGUAUCAGAUGGUAAUAAUAAACUCAACCAGCCAACACUAUUUUGUUUCGAAUUAACAACACCCAUAGAAGAUAAUCUUCAAUUGCCAACUGAAAUCGUUAUAUUAGAUCCGAAUGAAAAUAUCGUAUUAAAUGAUAUAAAAUAUAUCAGCACGUACGACCAAGGUUAUACUAAAUUAUUUUCAUGUAGCUAUAAACCAAUAACUCAAGCAGGAAUUUAUAAAAUAUCAUUUUUUUACAAUCAUACACAAAUAACACCUGAUCCAUUUACGGUAUUUAUACAGAAUCCUAAUCAACCAAAAGAACAAUUAUUAUCAGAAGAUGUGAAAGAAAUCAAUAUACAAGAAAUGCCUGACUAUGAAUUGGAAGGCGAUGGAUGUUCAACAAAAGUUAUUCUCAAUUCAAUUGCACGUUUUCGUCUUCGAAUAACUUCACAAACAAAUUCGUAUUAUAAAUCAACUGUUGAUCCAUUUUCUCUUUCAAUAAUUGAUCCAUUUGGCCAUGCAAUUGUAGUUCAACGUCGUAUACUAUCACCGGAUUUACUUGAAUUAACAUAUCAACCGAUGUCCACAGGUGAACAUCAACUAACAAUUUCAUAUCAUAACAAAAUGCAUCGUCAACUGAUUAUUGAUGUUAAAAAUGAUGAAACCAAUUGUCUAUCAAUAUUAAAACCAUUUGGGCCGGGUCUUCAACGCGCAAUUGUUGGUUUACCAACAGAAUUUUAUGUUGAUCUUAGCCAACAAAAACUAACUAAUCCAACUACUAAUCAUAGUCAUUUACAAUUUUGUUUAGAACCAUCUUAUCAUGCCGAAAUUGAUUAUGAACAACAAAUGGCAACUGUACGUUAUACACCUUUAGCAGGAGGCAUUUGUCCUAUACAUAUACUAGAACAUAAUAAAGAUAUUCAGAAUUCACCAUUUACUUGUCAUGUAAAACGAGAAGAUAUUUCAAAAGAUAAACCUCAUAUACGUAUUAUUGGUUUAUCAGAACAAAUUAUUAUUCAUCGUCCAGUUGAAUUUGAAGUUUUUAUUGAUAAUCCAUUUGAUGAUCCAAGUCAUUUACUAAAUGUAGAAGUUUUAACUGAGGACAAUUCUCCAGCUGUAUCAAUUGAUCAUCAGCAUACAUCAUAUAAAUGCUCAUUUAUUCCAGUGACAUUAGGACGACAUAUUAUAUCGAUUGAUUAUGCUGGAAUUGUUCCGGAAAAUAAUCCAUUCUAUUGUCAAGCUACACAAGAAAAAGAUAUACAAUUAAAUGGUCCUGCUGUAAAUAGCCAAUGUUUAGAAUUAAAUAAGCCAACACACUUUUACUUUAAAUUAGAAGAUUGUCUAUUGAAAAAUUCUACUGAAAGAAGAAAUUUAGCAUACGAAAGUGGAUAUAGUUCUAACGAUGAUACAUCGUUAAAUUCAUCAUUAACUGAUGGAGCAAAGGAAACAACGGACGAACCCAAUAAUUAUCGGGUUACAAUUACAGAUGGACAUGGAAAUCGGAAACAAAAUGUAUCAAUUAAAAACACUAAUGAACAGCUGGACAAUGAUGUACGCGUUGAUUUUAUACCAGAUGAACAAAUUUUGUUCAUUAACAUUUCUUGUACUUGGUAG